GGCACUAUACAACACAUUACACAACUCCUUUUUUAUUUUUAUUUUUAUUUCUUCUUUUUCGUCUCCUUUUUACUUUUUUCCUUUUUCUUAAAAUGAAGGGAAACUUCGCGACAGUUAUAAAAACAGAAAAUAAACCGACUGUUUCACUCUGAAACAAGCGAAAGUCUUCUUCUGCUUCAAACUUCGAAUUCUCUGCUAAAAAGCAACAGGCAUUUUGCUGCCUUUCGCGGUUAUCUGAUAAACAAGCUGGUUAGUUGAAGCUGAAAAUAAAGUUGCAAAUGGGCUUCUGAGUUGGUGGUUGUAGUCGUGGAGGAUAAUAAUAAGUUUGAAAAAGUUGAUUUGAGAGUUUGGAGGAAUGAUUCUUUCAGCACUUUUAACUUCAGUGGGGAUAAACGUUGCUCUGAGUUUUCUCUUUCUCAUCCUCUACACUAUACUGAGAAACCGGCCAAAUUAUGCUGAACUCUAUGUCCCACGCUUGGUUGCUGAAGGGAAAUUUCACGAGGAUAAUUAUGCAUCCGGUGUGAGAGGGUUCUUAUCUUCUUUCAAAUGGGUGAAAAGAGCAUGGCAGCCUACCGAAGACGAGCUUUUGGAAAACUCUGGAUUGGAUGCUGUGGUAUUCAUGCGCAUUUUCAUCUUUGGGCUAAGAGUAUUUCGAUUUGCAGCGAUUGUCGGCAUAUUUAUUCUUCUCCCAUUCAAUUAUAUGGGGAACCAGCUCAAUAUUGACUUUACCGACUUACCAAGCAAAUCGCUGGAGACCUUCAGCAUUUCAAAUGUUGAUGAUGGUUCAAACAGGUUGUGGAUACACUUCUCUGCUGUUUAUAUUUUCACAGCUGUCGUCUGCUAUCUUCUUUACUCUGAAUAUCACGAUAUUGCAGCACUGAGGCUUUCUUACUUCUACUCUUCAAAACCUCGGCCCAGCCAGUUCACUGUUUUAGUUCGAAGUAUUCCUGUUACUGCUGGGAGGAGCUUCAGUGAGAGUAUUGAGAGCUUUUUCAGUGAAUAUUAUCCUUCCACCUAUCUUUCUCAUUCGGUGAUUCAUCGAACAGGCAAACUGAAAGGGCUAAUUAACAAGGCAGACAAGGCCUAUAAGAAGCUUGUUCAUCUCAAAUCAAAGAAAUCUACUCAACAAAAUUCCAAAAGAGGUUGUUGUUUGGGUAUUUGUGGGAGAAAAGCUGAACGUGUAGACCAGUACGAGAAGAAGCUAGAAGAUAUGGAGGGUAAUAUGAGAACAGAACAAUUAUCUGUUGCUGGAAAGGAAGUUCCAGCUGCAUUUGUAUCUUUCAAGUCUCGUUUUAGCGCUGCAAUAGUUUCACACAUCCAACAAGGGGUUAAACCCACAGAUUGGGUUACCGAACCAGCUCCAGAUCCCCAAGAUGUAUAUUGGCCCUUCUUUUCUGCAUCAUUCAUUACAAGAUGGAUGUGUAACGUUGCUGUUAUCUUUUCAUGUCUUCUUAUAACCAUAAUGUUCCUUGUACCUGUUCUCAUAGCCCAAGGGCUUACUAAUUUGGCUCAGCUGGAGACCUGGCUACCCUUUUUGAGUGGCAUAUUAAGGCUGGAAAUUGUCACCCAAGUAGUUACAGGAUAUCUUCCGAGUCUCAUUCUUGAGAUGUUUCUAUCUUUAGUGCCACCAGUCAUGAUUGUUCUAUCUUCCAUUCAAGGAUACAUUGCCCUUAGUCAGAUUGAGAAAAGUGCAACUAUCAAAAUGUUAUGGUUUACAGUAUGGAAUGUCUUCUUUGCCAACGUGCUAUCUGGAACAGCACUAUACAGGCUUGAUGUCCUUCUUGAGCCUAAAAGAAUUCCUGAACUAUUAGCUGUGGCUGUUCCUGGACAGGCUUCAUUCUUCAUUGCAUAUGUUGUAACAUCCGGAUGGACCAAAACAUUUUAUUCAGAACUUUUCCGGGUGAAGCGCCUGAUGUUGAGUAUUUUGAAAGGAGGUUUGUGCUGUGACUCUGAUGAUGAACUCGAGGUCCCUUCCAAUCCUUAUCACAAAGAAAUUCCCAGGAUUCUCUUUUUCAGCCUUCUUGGUAUAACAUACUUCUUCCUCGCACCCCUCAUCUUGCCAUUUGUAAUGAUUUACUAUGGCCUCGGAUAUAUCAUCUAUCGUAACCAGCUAUUGAACGUUUAUGCACCGAAGUUUGAAACUGGCGGAAAGUUUUGGCCUGUGGUUCACGACGCAACAAUAGUUUUCUUAAUAUUGAUGCAUAUUAUUGCCAUUGGGAUAUUUGGUGUGAAGAAACUUCCUUUAGCUUCAAGCUUAACAGUUCCCCUUCCGAUUCUCACUUUCUUAUUCCAUAGUUAUUGCCGGAGACGAUUCUUACCUAGUUUCAAAGGUUUCCCAGCUGAGUGCAUGAUCAACAAGGAUAGACUUGAUCGCAACGAUCCCACCAUAUCUUCUUUCUAUGAGAAGCUAGCCACUGCCUACGAAGAUCCUGCUAUGGAGCGAGUCAGAUUUUCUGAAGCCAGUGAAAGUAGCACAACUCCUCUUCUGCGCAGUUAUAGAUGAGGUCCAACUCGUGGUUUUUUCUUACCACAAGUUUGAAUUUUUGAGCAUAGUUUCUGUAGAGCAAGUAGAGACUGGGUAUGUAUAUGCUUCUAUUUUCAAAUGGUUUCUCUCCUUACUUUCUGAAAAUACACAUUUGUUUGUCUUGUUACUGUCUCUGUCUCUGGUUUUGAAACAUUAGGAGGUUCACACAACUUAUACUUGGUGUUUACAGCUAUGAAAAUUAUGCUUGAAAUUGUGUGCUUGCAUAGUGGAGUUUGUUAGUAAUUUAUUUGAGUCAAUUAUUAGGGAAAACAAAUUGUUGAUUGUAUAAUGAGGGAAGAAGACUGGUGGGUUUUUGAUGAAACUCCAUGUGGAGCAAUCAGAAUUGAUGGUUGACAUA